CAAUACAGCCGGAAAACUAACUUUUUGCAUAUCCUAUCUAUUUCACGGCCUUUUCUUUUCCUUUCCUAUAAAAGUGCAAUACUAUGACAAGAGAACGAGAUAUACCCGACACACCAUUCAACACCGUCAACGAUAAAUACACAACAAUCAAACAAUCAUGUUUGAUGAAUUGGAUCAAUCUUCAUUUCAACCUUUCAAAUUUAGAAGAAUUAAGGGAUCUGCCAAGUUUUGUUUUACUCAUACAGUCCUUGUACAGAAGGCAUAAAUUUGAAAUAUUAAAUGAGCAAGAUAUUUAUUUAUUGCUGAACGAAAUCAAUUUAAUUAUACCCCUCUCUACCACUUUCCCUCAAAAUAUUAUUGAUAUCUCAGCCUAUAAAAGCGGGGAUCACCACCAGUUAAUGACACUCUUGGAUAUAGUCCAAAAUCAGCACCAGGCUUAUAGCAUUAUCCAUACAAUCUUACACAAUCGGGAACUGUCCUUUACCAUUCAUGCCCAAUGUGUACCCACUCGAAUGGAAGACGUCAGAAAGCUUUUGUUCUCGUGGUCGACGUUUGUAUUAUCCGACUAUACUUGUGCAUCUUUAAUAUCUCCUUUGAAGGAUUUCUCAGUAGCAUCAUGGAAAUCGGGAACGUAUCUAUUAGCAAUCAUCCACUACCAUAAUCCGUCUCUUAUAUCGGAAUUGUUUCCUCAUCGACAGUUAUCAGCAGCAUUUCAAAUUAUAUACGAGAACUAUCAAAUUCCAAUUUUAUUUGAUCCUUCGUUAGAUGAUAAAGAGGAUGAGUCGGCCAUUGUUUCGUAUCUUUUAGAAAUUGUACCUUACCUUUUUGCUCCUACCGAAGAUGAAAUAGCACGCCGCCAUAGUGAUAUUCAACGGUUUAAACCCUUUCACCAAACCAAUACUGAAAAGGUCGAAGAUUGUGAUAAAAGCACUACUGUUACCUCUACUUUUUCUUUGCAGCAGCUUAAACUUACCAAAACUACGAUCUUAAAAUAUGGUGAUGGAACUGAAAUACCUAAUGAUCUGGAGGAAUUCGAGUCCAGAGUUUCGAAUAUUACUGCCAAGCUGAAUGGGUUGCAGCAUAGACUGAUGUUAAAUGUACCAACACGCACGUCAAAAUAUUCGCUUUCUUCUAUCGACUCGAUGGACUUUUCUUUAACAGAAGAUAACACAACCGCAUCAACAUAUCAACACAAUGACAACGGUAGUUAUACAAGUAGUAUGAUGAGUGGUGAUGAAAACUUUCAACUUAUCCAGCAACAGCAGCAGCAAAUAAUCAAAAUACUUCAUCCCCUACAAGCCGCCGAAGAAGAUUAUUCUGCUUACGAUAGAAAUUUUAAGUCUUUGCAAUCUGAAUUCCAAGCGUUGACAGAUGGUGACAUGUUUUUGCUACAAGCUUACCUGCAGGAAGAACUAAGCCCACAGUGGAGAAGUCAUGCUAGAGUUGUAUCCCAAAAAAUGCACCUACUUCGCUUACAUACCACACUAUCUGAUGAAUUUGAAAAAGCAGAAGUAACUCUGUCCAAUUUUCGAAGAGGAUUCGCCUUUGCUCAUGGUGAAGUCGAUACUACAAAUCAUGAUAUUGACGAGUUAGAGGGUUAUGUGGACAAGACAACUAAUAUGGUAGACACUCUGAAGUUGAACUUUAAUGACCUGCUGAUUACGGACACUGAAGAAAGUAAAGCUACAGCAGACACAUCUUAUUCAACAAAAUUUGAAUCGAUAUCAAAAAAGAAUGAAUUAGUCAGGACUUGGGUCGAAGAAAUUCGCGUUUGGUUUCAAGAAGCUGCUAGAAUUAGAUAUUGGAUUGAUGUUCAAGUUGAGAAAAUAAACAGUACUAGUUUGCCGGACCCACUAACUUCUUUGGAAUCGCCAGCAACGCUGGAGCAAGUACAAAUAUUCAACAAAGCCCACAGUCUGCUAGAAAAAGAAAUCGAGUCUUUUGACCGGGAAGAUAUGACAAGACUUAGAUCACACGUCAAAACCCUAACUGGCCCCGAUCGAACUGACAAGGAUUUAAGUCCUGCCGACACAACAACCAUUGGAAUAACCCUGACAACACUCACAACUUUGGAUAAAUUAACGCAUUUACUAGCAAAAAAGAGCUACGAUUUACAGGUAUUAACUCGACGUGUAACAUGGGAAGAAGAAUUCUCCAACACGAUAAAAUGGUUAAAAGAAACAGAUAGCCAAUUAGACGAAUUCCUGAAAUCAAGUGCUCGUUGGACAUUGGAGGAGGAAGAUUUUGUUGAGGAUCUUUUGAGAAGAGAAAGCCUAAUGAUAAAAGAGAAGCACAAAGAGGCUAUUGUUCAGCAACUUUUGACAUUAGAAAGGAAGAUGGUUGAAUUUGAUCAGGGUCAAUUUACAAGAUCUGUGGAUACUUUCCAAGAUUUGGAUAAUACAUCACGAGUUACACUACCAAGUUAUUUAGAGUCUCGACAAGAUCACUGUGAGCAACUGUUUGAGGAUCUGAUGAAACGUAUGACAUUCGCCCGAAAUGUAGUCGAACAAAGGUUAAAUGUCAUGGAUUUUUUGUAUCAAACUGAAAUGGUAAUACAUGAUGCAAAAUCACUUCAAAUGGACUUGAUUGACGCAGAGACAAAAGCAUAUCCGGAUGAUAAUAAUAGAGAAUUAACAACACAUGUUCAAGCAACCAACGAAAGAAUUAUGCAACUUGUUACAUCAACUGCGAAUCGUAUACCAUACCCUAUAUCUACUCUCACGAUAGAUCAAGUUUCAAACACUAAAGCGAAUGAAGAUAUUCAAAGUAUGGUUUCAGAUAAACGUAACAGCUUGGUUUUAUUAGCCGAGGAGUUAGACGGACAGUUGAAUGCAUAUAGAGAUAUUCUGCAAUUGCAUAAACGCUCGAAAGAAUACUUGGGAGAUGCUAUCCGUCUUUGUGACUGGUCGGAUGAACGUGUUGAAACGAUUCGAAAAGCAAAAGCCAACAUGUAUAGCAUGGAGGAGCUUACUGUGGAAGAUAUCCAACAAUUUGAAAGAGAAAAUGACAGUAUAUGUAACAGGCUUCAAAAUGGAAAAGAAAAUGAAGUGGUAGACCUUUUGACACGUAUACAAUUACUUUUAGAGACUACACAAAAAUUGAAUUUGUCUUCUCUGGAUAAUGAAGGGUUAAUAGAUAUAUCACAGCAAUUGGAGGGAAAAUUUGAUUGUUUACAGCAACUUUUGGAAAAGCAUGCAUUAGAUAUACGGGCGCUCCGAAAGAAGAUAGAAGAUGGCAACACUUACACUGAAAAGUCUCGACUACUCCGUACUUUUCUAUGUAAUACUCGAAACUCUUUGCCAGCUUUAAAACAAACCUGUGGAUUCAUGACCGGUCAAUCAGAAGAGCAAGAUAGACUUAGAUUUGAAAUGCUUAAUAGUUCUUUAAGUAGAAUUAGCUCAAGUUAUAAAGAUCAACAAACUCAAUUUAAUCAAUUAUGCUCUCAUUUCAAUUCAAUGAUACCCUCCAAAGUUGAAAAUAUGGAAGCCAUGUGCGAUAUUCAACAGGGAAUGGAAAGUGACUGGAUUUUAUUGGGCAAAGAUAUUAGCGAGGUUGAAUUAUUUUCGCAAAAGGUAGGCGAAUGGUACAAUUGUCAACGUCGGUUAAGCCUGGUAGAGAACCAGCUCCUAUGUGGUUUAGAUGAAGAAAUUCUUGCCUUAACCAAAUCAGGUUCAUGGAAAGACGCAGAUUUGGAAAACAUUCAAAAAAGAAUCCAUGCUGCCUCGGAACAUUUGGAAAAAACAGGAUCUAGUAUAGAUGCGGCCGAUAUUAAAGAAGAUCCCCUUCAAACAGCAAAUUACUCCUGCGCUCGUGAAAGACAUAUAGCAUUGACGAAUAAAAUCCACGCUGCUUUAAACAAUUUAACAGUUCUCAAAAACAAUGCCAGUACAGCAAUAUUAUACACUACUUUUCAUGAACAUGCAGAGCAAGUGCUUACAGAUAUACAUCACCAAAAAAGUACUAUUGAUGACCGUAUGUCAAAUAUUGGUAUAAGCGGAUUUUCUUCUGGUUCUAUAGAGUCUAUGGAUCUUCUAUGCAAGCGGACGCAAACUUCAAAUCUGGAUUCCGAAAAGAGAGCUCGAUUACUUUACAGGCGUAUAGAGAAGCUCGUCUUGACAGCAAAAGAUUUAGAACUUCAGGGUUACAGCAAUAUUUCUGUUCAGGAGCCGAUUAGCAAUAUUAAGGAUCAUCUAAGCCAACUAACUAACAUUAUCGGAUCAGAAAAGAAGCAGGCUGUUUUUAUUCGGAAAGUUCAAAUACACGCAAAAGCAGCAAAUGACCUGAAAACUUGGGUCGAUCAUUGCUCCGAUGCUAUUACUGAAUUAUCUACCGAUAUUUGCUUGAAUGACGAAAAGGAAUCAAAAGCCGAAUUGGAUAUUUUGAAACAGAAGAUCAAUGAUAUGCGCCCGACCGUACAAGCAUUUGAAGCCAUGGAAUCUCGCAUAUUCAUCACAAAAGAUGGUUUGGAACUCGACCUCACAGAUAUAGGAUUAGAUCAAGAUGAAAUUAGAACCUCUGUGCACAACCGCAGAACAAGUCUCUUAAAAGCAUGGGCAAGUCUUGAGACUCAGCAUCAAGAGACAUUUGAUUUGCUAAAUAAUUCGAGACGGGGUAACGAAAUUGCUCGUAAAGUGAAAAAUGUUCUAUCUCAGAUAGGAAAUAUGAAGGACCGUGUAAUUGCUAUUCGUAUCUGCCGUGCUACCCAACUAAAUCAUGGCGCUGACCACGAUGAUUUGAAGAUUGUGCUGAGUUGUCCUCUGUCCUCAGUUCCUACAGAGCACCGUUUGGCUUCCGCUAAAGCUGAAUUGACCAUUUUGAGUCGCGAUAUUGAAUCGUGUUUGCAAGUUUCUGUCAAUGAGUUAGAUAGUAUGCUGAACGUAGUUGAUCAACAAGGCCAAGGAGAAGUAUUUCAAGGUCAGCGUGCCGAAAUUACCGCCGCGUUAUGUGGACUGACAAGCUUACUGAAAACCAAACACAAGGCUAUAGAUGAGGCCGAAAAAUUGGAAGAAUUUCUUAUAGUAGUGGAAGAGCUAGACGUAUUGUUACUUGCAACAAAAGAUGUGAUCUCCCGUGGUGAUCCUUCUAAUGCGCGUAUUGUAGAUGGAGCUUAUAGUCGUACUGAUUUACAAGCACUACUUAUUGAUUUGGAUACUCGAUACCGUUACUAUGAACCUAAAAUUGAUGAACUUUUGGACGAAUUAAAACAAGUAUCGGAAAGCCAUACAAACGAUUCUCGUGUUAUUGACUGUGUCAAGGACUUAUCAGACAAAUGGUCACAAUUAAAAAAGGAAUUCUCUUCAAAAAAGUCUGAUUUAAUGGCUCGUAUAGGCCCCCUUAGUGGAACUUUCGACGAAUUUUUUGCUGCCGAAGACAUGUUACCAGAAAGAGGUCAAAAAGCUACUAGUUUAUUGAGAAAAAAAUCUGCACCUUUGUUAAAACAGUCUCCAAAUUCCAAAAUUAUGCAACCAACACCUCGAUAUAUGACUGGAUAUACUCGUACAACAAAGGCAAGUUUGACCUCAGCAACUCCUCCUCCUAGUAUAGGCCCGUCAAAGCAUCUUUCAAGAGCAAAUAGUAGAAAUGCUACCAACAAUACUACAUCACCUACUGCAAGAAGAGUAGUAGUUCGUCAAAUGGCGGUUCAACAGCAACGACAACGUGCGUCUGCCAAAACACCUGAAAACUACGUGUCAGACCCUCAGAACGACUUGGAUGUUGCUCUUGGUAAUAUUUUAAACGAUUCUCCUUACAAAAUUUUAGUCAAGAUGGUUCCAGGUGAAGUAGGCAAAUAUUGGUUUGGGGAUUUGAACCCAAAGUUAGCCUAUUGUCGUAUUUUGAGAAGUCGUAUGGUUAUGGUUCGUGUGGGUGGAGG